CUAUCUCCACGGCUCCGUCCCCAGCGCGGGGCCUGGCCUGCAGCAGCCCUCUGCAGGGGCGCCCCGUCGACAUGGCGGCCAAGCAGCCCCCGCCGCUGAUGAAGAAGCACAGCCAGACGGACCUGGUGAGCCGUCUGAAGACCCGCAAGAUCCUGGGCGUGGGCGGCGAGGACGACGAUGGGGAGGUGCACCGCUCCAAGAUCAGCCAGGUCUUGGGCAACGAGAUCAAGUUUGCGGUUCGAGAGCCUCUGGGGCUCAGGGUCUGGCAGUUGGUCUCCGCGGUGCUGUUCUCCGGCAUUGCCGUCAUGGCCCUGGCCUUCCCAGACCAGCUCUAUGACGCCAUCUUCGACGGCGUGGAGGCGACCAGCAAGACCCCCAUCCGCCUCUACGGUGGCGCCCUCCUCAGCAUCUCCCUGAUCAUGUGGAACGCGCUCUACACUGCCGAGAAGGUCAUCAUCCGGUGGACUCUGCUCACCGAGGCCUGUUACUUUGGGGUCCAGUUCUUGGUGGUCGCCGCCACCCUGGCUGAGACGGGCCUCAUGUCCUCGGGGGUCCUGCUGCUCCUGGCCAGCCGCCUCCUCUUCCUCGCCAUCAGCGUGUACUACUACUACCAAGUGGGCCGGAGACCCAAGAAAGUCUAGCGCGCCGGCCGCCCGCCCACGCCUGGGGCAGGGCGGCUCUGGGCCUGCCUCCCGAGGUCCCCGGAGGCCCCUGCCUCACCCCAGCCCUGCCCAGGCAGGCCGGGUGUGACACCUUCCUCUCCUCCUGGGCACCCCGGGACGCCGUGGUCUCCCGGGCUGUUGGGCUGAGGGUUUGGCGCGCUGGCUGGCGAGAGACAGGACCUCUGCACCCCUGUAUCUCACCCUGCACGCAACACCUCCUUUUCUUGGGCCUCUUAGUCUCCAGACCCCCUCGACAGACACCGACUGGAGUCAAGCGCGAGUCCUGAGGGCAGCGGGCUAGGUCAGGGGUCUAUCCUCUUCUUUCAGGAAGCCCUCCUUGCUUUUGAGAGCGGCUGUGACCACCCCGAUCCUUCUGCCUCACCCCCGCCCGGCAGCCUAGUGCCGGGGAAGCUGAGUGAGGCUCCCCCAGGCCUGGAAACCCUGAGAAUCGGACCCUGUGCCCCCAGCCCUCAGCGUGGGCCCUUCCCGCGGGCACACCCUGAACAUAGAGACACACAUGUACACAUAACACACGUACACACACA